UACAUAAGUGUACCGCAGUGAAUCCAGAAGUCAACAUCCGCUGCAGAGAUGAUUCGAACUGUGUGUGGAAGAGUUUUGUCUGCGGUCUCUUCCCAGGUGCGGAACUUCCACCGUACUGCAGCAGCAUCUGGGUCACAGUCAUUUGUACACAGAGAUUCACCAGAAAACAAUCCAAACACACCUUUUGAAUUUACACAAGAAAAUUUAAAGAGGGCAGAGGUCAUCAUCGGUAAUUAUCCUGAAGGUCAUCAGGCAGCAGCUGUCAUCCCACUUCUGGAUUUAGCACAGAGACAGCAUGGAUGGCUACCCAUAUCAGCAAUGCACAAAGUGGGAGAAAUGCUUCAGAUGCCAAAAAUGAGAGUGUAUGAAGUUGCCACAUUUUACACCAUGUUUAAUAGGAAACCAGUGGGUAAAUACUUUGUACAGAUCUGUACUACAACACCCUGUAUUCUAGGAGGAGUGGGAUCUGAUAUUAUACUGAAAGAAAUCGAGGAAAACUUAGGAAUUAAGCCAGGGGAGAUGACUGAGGAUGGAAUGUUUAGUUUACUAGAGGUGGAGUGUCUGGGAGCCUGUGUAAAUGCCCCAAUGGUGCAGAUUAACGAUGAUUACUAUGAGGACUUAACUGUAGAGGAUAUAAGAAGAAUAUUGAAUGACCUUAAGCAAGGCAAAAAACCCACCCCAGGACCACAGAGUGGUCAGAAACACAGAUUUGCCUCAGAACCCAAAGAUGGGUUGACUUCAUUAACAGAACCACCCACAGGACCUGGUUUUGGGGUCAGACCUGACUUAUAGGACUUAAUGAAUAUCAAACAUGUAGAAAUUGAUUAAAUUGAUGAACAGUAUGAAAAUGUGUAAAUAAUUGGAAUGCUCAUCCACUGUUAUGGACUUGUGUAACUUUGUUAAAUGCUUCAGAAAUAUGAAAUAAAAUUAAUAAAACAAA